GGCGGGGCGUGAGCUGGGGCCUUCCGGGGCCCGAGGGGGGGCGGCGGCGAGCCGGGCGGUCCGAGCGCCGCUGUCCUGUGUCGGCAUUGCUAACCAAGAAGCAUGUUUUUACCAAGGUCUGUUAAAGUGAAGAGGAGUGCUGAUGAGGACAAAAGCUGUGCGGCCAAGAAAAAUAAGUUGUCUUCUGGAGGGUCUUCAUUAGAGGAGAACACUGAGUUCCAAGAUGGUAAAUCAGCUAGAAUAGAAACCUCCACUUCAAAACGUGACUCAGAUGAAAUUAUGCAAUGUACAGAGCCCAUCGCCAUUCCUUCUGAUCUUGGUGUUCCUGACCCAUCUUUAGGAAAAGACAACCAAAAUACCACUGAAGAUAGCUCUUCAGAAGAACCCAUAAAGUCCUUCAGCAAAUCCCAGCGUUGGGCAGAACCUGGAGAACCUGUGUGUGUCGUCUGUGGUCGCUACGGAGAAUAUAUAUGUGAUAAAACAGAUGAAGAUGUUUGUAGCUUGGAAUGUAAAGCCAAACACCUUCUGCAAAUUCAAGAAAAGGAGGAAAAGCUAAAAUCUCAUCACCUUGCACGAGGAGGAUCUCAAGAAGAAACUCACCUCCUUAAUACACCUUAUUUCUAUAAAGAUCACUCCUUUAUUUUAGGUUUGCGAGAUGAGCAGGUUGAGAACCUUAAACUGCAGUUAGGUAUUGCAAUCCAGGGCCAGCAAGUUCCAAGACCUAUUAUAGAGUUUGAGCACUGUGGUUUUCCUGAAACUUUAAACAGUAAUUUAAAGAAUUCUGGCUAUGAAGUCCCAACUCCCAUCCAAAUGCAAAUGAUCCCUGUGGGACUGUUAGGAAGGGAUAUUUUGGCUAGUGCAGACACAGGCUCGGGAAAAACAGCAGCCUUCCUACUCCCUGUUAUUAUGAAGGUUUUGAACAAGACAGAAACUCCGUCAGCCCUUAUUUUGGCACCUACAAGAGAGUUAGCAAUUCAGAUAGAAAGACAAGCUAAAGAACUCAUGGCUGGUUUACCAAACAUGAGAACAGUUCUCCUGGUAGGAGGUUUACCACUGCCACCACAGCUUCAUCGUCUCAAGCAAAGUGUCAAGGUUAUAAUAGCAACACCUGGACGACUUCUAGAGAUUUUAAGGCAAAGUUCUGUACAACUGCAUGGCAUAAAAAUUGUAGUAGUGGAUGAAGUGGAUACUAUGUUAAAAAUGGGUUUCCAGCAGCAAGUGUUGGAUAUUUUGCAAGACAUCUCUCAUGAUCAUCAAACUAUACUGGUGUCAGCCACAAUCCCAGUGGGUAUCGAACACUUAGCAAAUCAGCUUCUGCACAAUUUUGUCAGAAUAGCAAUUGGAGAAAAGAAUCUACCAUGUUCCAAUGUGCGCCAGAUUAUUCUGUGGGUGGAAGAACCAUCUAAAAAGAAGAAACUGUUUGAAAUACUAAAUGAUAAGAAACUUUUCAAGCCUCCAGUGUUGGUAUUUGUGGACUGCAAGUUAGGAGCAGAUCUGCUGAGUGACGCUGUUCAUAAGAUUACAGGAUUACAAUGUACAUCUAUGCAUUCUGAAAAAUCUCAGGUGGAAAGGACAGCCAUAUUACAGGGAUUACUUCAAGAGAAGUAUGAAGUAAUAGUAAGUACUGGAGUCCUUGGCCGAGGACUUGACCUUGUCAAUGUCAAACUGGUCGUAAAUUUUGAUAUGCCUUCAAGUAUGGAUGAAUAUGUGCAUCAGGUUGGAAGAGCAGGGAGGCUGGGUCACAGUGGAACUGCGAUUACUUUUAUCAAUAACAACAGCAAGAAACUCUUCUGGGAUGUUGUGAAGAGGGUAAAACCAACAGGCACUAUUCUUCCCCCACAGCUGCUUAAUUCCCCAUAUCUACAUGACCAAAAGAGAAGGGAACAGCAGAGACUUAAACAAUUAGAAAAUAGCCUUGUAACAGGGGAUAAUAUUAUGGACAUCAUUAGAAAACAUGACAAAAAUAAUUCUCUGAGGUAACCAAGAUAAAGCAAACUUUGUAAUUAUUAUGAAAGUGUGAUAAAAAUAAAUGUGCAAUUUUCUUGUC